AUGCGGUCUCUUCUCUCGCUUUGUCUGCUGUUCCUGGCCGCCGCCGUGCACGCUGUCAGCGUUGCCGGCGGCCGGCUGCUCGCCAUCAUGGACGACGUCGCUGAGAAGGAGACGUACUCCAAGUUCCUCGGAGACUUGGAAGGCCGCGGAUUCAGCAUCACAUACGAGUCGCCCAAGAGCGAGUCUCUGCAACUCUUCAAGCUCGGCGAGCGAGUCUACGACCACGUCCUGCUCUUCCCCUCCAAGAUCAAGGGCCUCGGCCCCAACCUGACCCCCAACAUCCUCCUCCAGUUCAUCAACGCCGACGGCAACAUCCUCCUCGCCCUCUCCUCCGAGGCCACCGUGCCCAGCUCCCUCGUCAGCCUCCUCGCCGAGCUCGACAUCGCCCUGCCCGCCGACCGCACCGGCCUCGUCGUCGACCAUUUCAACUAUGACGCCCUCAGCGCCCCCGAGAAGCACGACGUCCUCGCCCUCCCCGCCCCUGCCCCGCUGCGCGCCGGCCUCAAGACCUACUUCUCCCAGGACGGCGAGAUUGUGGCCUUCCCGCACGCCAUCGGCCACGUCCUCGGCGCCGGCCAGCUGCUCACCCCGAUCGUGCGCGCGCCCAAGACGGCGUACAGCUACAACCCCAAGGAGCAGGCCGAGGCCCUCGACGCGGCGGACCUGUUCGCCGCGGGCGAGCAGCUGGCGCUGGUCUCUGCGUUCCAGGCCCGCAACAGCGCGCGCUUCACUCUUCUGGGAUCCGCGGAGCUGCUGAGCGAUGCGUGGUUUGAUGCGAAGGUUAAGCCUGCUGGUGCCGCGAAGGAGGUCAAGACCUGGAACCGCGAGUUCGCGAAGAGGCUUGCCGGGUGGACGUUCAAGGAGAUUGGCGUUGUUAGAGUGAAUGAGAUUGAGCACCACCUCAACGAGGCUGCCAACGACACGAACCCUGAGAUUUACCGGGUCAAGAACGAGGUGACCUACACCAUCUCCGUCUCCGAGUACUCCUGGGACAAGUGGACGCCCUUCACCGUCCCCGCCGACGACGAGCUCCAGCUCGAGUUCAGCAUGCUGUCCCCCUUCCACCGCCUGCGCCUCGAGCCCAAGGCCACGACGGGCGACGCGUCCACCUUCGCCGUCUCCUUCGUGCUGCCCGACCAGCACGGCAUCUUCAACUUCAAGAUCAACUACAAGCGCCCCUUCCUCAACUACCUCGAGGAGAAGAACACCGUCUCGGUCCGCCACAUGGCGCACGACGAGUGGCCGCGCUCGUACGUCAUCUCGGGCGCCUGGCCCUGGCUUGGCGGCAUCUUCGCGACCGUCUCUGGUUUCGUGCUGUUCUCUGCCGUGUGGAUGUACAGCGCGCCCACGGCUGUUGCGGGACAGGCCAAGAAGACGCAGUAA